GUCUUCUUCAAACACUCUCGGAAGCACAUUUGAGUCAAGACACACUAUCUGCCCCCGACAAGACACCAAAAGGCGGGGGAAAUGGCGGCAGCGGCGGCGAAAGCUUCGGGCUUGCUAGUCCAACGGCCAGUGACAUUCGUGACCGGCAACGCCAAGAAGCUCGAAGAAGUUCGUGCAAUUUUGGGCCAAUCCAUUCCCUUCCAGUCCCUCAAGCUUGAUCUGCCCGAAUUGCAAGGAGAGCCCGAGGAAAUAUCCAAGGAGAAGGCUCGCUUGGCCGCAAUUCAGGUGAAUGGACCUGUUCUGGUGGAAGACACUUGCCUAUGUUUCAAUGCUUUAAAGGGUCUUCCUGGGCCUUACAUCAAGUGGUUCCUGCAGAAGAUUGGACAUGAAGGUUUAAAUAAUCUUUUGAUGGCAUAUGAGGAUAAAUCAGCUUAUGCUCUAUGUGCAUUCUCCUUCGCACUAGGCCCUGACACCGAGCCCAUAACUUUUCUUGGAAAGACUCUGGGGAAGAUAAUUCCUCCAAGGGGACCUACUGAUUUCGGAUGGGACCCAAUCUUCCAACCUGAUGGCUAUGAACAAACAUAUGCUGAGAUGCCAAAGGAGGAGAAGAAUAAGAUUUCCCACCGUUACAAGGCCCUUGAGAUGGUAAAGUCCCACUUUGCAGAAGCCGGUUACAAUUUUCAGACCAACCGCUAAGGGCGAGAGAGUAGUGAUUCCAAAAUUAUGAGUGCUAGAAGAACUCCGGAUUUUCCUAAUACUGCCAGACUGGGUAUCGAUGCGGGGCAUUGGUUGCUAAGUUCAAUUGGAUUGAAACUAUGGGGGAAAUGAUUGACGGAUUUUGAUAAUAUUUAGAUAGAAGUACAUGGAAUAAUGUAUUUUGCCUUGUACUUUUUCCAGGUUAACUGAUGUUGAAAAACUAAAAAGUUUGAUACUUUCUUAGGAUGAUUGGAGUACGUACACCAAAAUAUUUUUGGUGUAUGGAACCGCUCCUACAAAUUUUAUUGUAAAGGUAAAUUUUGCGUCUUCUCCUGUA